AUGACAACGGAUACCUCUGUUAUCCGAAAUAAUGAUUCGUUUUGGGAAGUUGACGAUUUUACCCGUUUCGGAAGAACUCAGCUAUUGAACUAUUAUUUACCACUAGCUAUUAUAGCCUCAAUUGGAAUUUUUGGGCUUUAUCACUAUGGUUCAUCUCGCAGUGAGAGGCUAAUUGAGUCCGAUUUAGUGAAGGAGUAUCUUUUUGGCGCACAAGAAGAGAGAAAAGAAGAUGAUAGUGUAGAAAGGCUUCUACUAAACUCAGGUACGCAAAAUAACUACGUUAAUGUCAGGAAUCAAGGAAAAAUUUUGCAACUUAGACACUUUAAUAUAAGGGAUAUAAAUGUCAGGGAAAUCGAUGCUAGAAAUGGUGGUGGGCUAACAUUUAAUAAACCAUCUACUGGUGACCACUUAAGAAAGUCUUUCGAAAUUGUGUUGGUAUCUUUGCAAGUAAUUGGCCUUUUCUUUUUAAGAGUAGCAAAUAUUAGUAUUGAAUUAACGAGCAGAGAUGUUACAGUUUUACUAGUAUUCUGGCUGAUACUACUUUCCCUAAGUAUCUUAAGAGUUCAUAAACAUGCAAUGGAUCUUUGGGUCAUCUGUUUUACUGCUUACACUGCCAUUUGGUUGUCUACCUGGAUCACACUACGUUCAGUAUAUAUUGGGAAUAUCAAUGACGUACCCUCACGAAUUUUCUACAUCUCUGAAUUUGUAAUUACUUCAAUUUUACAGUUAAUACUACUUACUUCACCGCUAAAAGACGGCUCCUCCAUCAUCUACAUAAGGGACAAUCAUGCGUCUCCUUCAAGGGAACACACAUCCUCUAUUUUGAGCUGUAUUACUUGGAGUUGGAUUACCGAUUUCAUAUGGCAGGCUCAAAAGAACACUAUUAAAUUAAAAGAUAUUUGGGGCUUAUCAAUGGAAGAUUAUUGCAUUUUUGUUCUGAAAAGGUUUACCAGUAAUGACAACAAUGCUAAUAGUUUGACAGUAUCACUUUUCAAAUCUUUUAAAACAUAUUUGAUCGUUGAAAUGUUAUGGGUUUCAGCAAACAGUUUUGUAAACCUUUUUCCCACUAUCCUAAUGAAAAAAUUCCUAGAAAUUGUGGAUAAUACAAACCGUUCCUCAUCAUGUAUGAACCUUGCGUGGCUUUAUAUUAUUGCUAUGUUCAUUUGUAGGUUAACAGUAGCAAUUUGUAAUUCACAAGGACAAUUUAUUUCUGAUAAGAUUUGUUUGAGAACAAGAGCCGUACUUAUAGGAGAAAUUUAUACAAAAGGCUUACGUAGGAAGUUGUUUGCAUCACCAAAAACCAAUCAUGAUGCAGAUAAUGUCUCUGCAAAUCUCGGUACCAUUAUUAAUUUAAUUUCCAUUGACUCAUUCAAGGUAUCUGAAAUAUCAAACUACCUUUAUAUGACAGUACAAGCAAUAAUUAUGGUAAUAAUUAUUAUAGGGCUACUUUUCAAAUUCCUAGGUGUUUCUGCUUUUGCAGGUAUCUUAAUAAUCUUAAUGAUGUUCCCAUUAAAUUUUUUGUUAGCUGAUUUGUUAGGCAAGUUUCAAAAGCGAGCACUACAAUGCACCGAUCAAAGAAUCGCCAAAUUGAACGAGUGUUUACAGAACAUGAGAAUCGUUAAAUAUUUUGCUUGGGAAAAUAAUAUUUUAAAUGAAAUUAAAUCGUUAAGGCAAAAGGAAUUGGGAUUCUUAUUAAAAAAAUCCUUACUGUGGUCUGUAACUUCUUUUCUGUGGUUUGUGACCCCAACAUUGGUAACUGGUGUUACCUUCGCCAUUUAUAUAUUCGUCCAACAACAAGAAUUGAAUGCCCCUCUUGCUUUCACUACUUUGUCCCUCUUCACUUUAUUGAAGACACCCUUGGAUCAAUUAUCAAAUAUGCUAAGUUUCAUGAAUCAAUCGAAAGUCUCUCUAAAAAGAAUAACCGAAUUUUUAAACGAAGGUGAUACAGAAAAAUAUAAUCAACUAACCAUAUCUCCAGAUAAAGAUAAAAUUGAAUUCAAAAAUGCAACUUUAGUCUGGAAUGAAAACGACAGUGGCAUAAAUGCAUUCAAGUUAUGUGAAUUGAAUAUUAAAUUUCAAAUUGGCAACUUAAAUUUGGUUUUGGGUUCGACAGGUUCUGGUAAAAGUGCAUUGCUAAUGGGUUUACUGGGUGAACUAGAUUUACUUAGUGGCUCUAUCAUUGUUCCAGGUUUAGAACCAAGACAUGAUUUGAUUCCUGAUCGCGAGGGUUUAACCAAUUCCUUCGCAUACUGCUCACAAAGUGCGUGGCUAUUAAAUGACACAGUAAAAAACAAUAUUAUCUUUGAUGGCUCCUAUGAUGAAAGUAGGUACAAAAAGGUAAUUGAUGCAUGUGGGCUGAAGAGGGACUUGAAAAUUUUACCAGCUGGUGACCUAACAGAAAUUGGUGAAAAGGGUAUAACGUUAUCAGGAGGACAGAAACAGAGGAUUUCUUUGGCCAGAGCUGUUUAUUCGAAUGCUAAGCAUGUCUUGCUAGAUGAUUGCUUGAGUGCUGUGGACUCACACACUGCCGUAUGGAUCUAUGAAAAUUGUAUCACAGGACCACUGAUGAAAAACAGAACCUGUAUUUUAGUCACGCACAAUUUUUCAUUAGCCCUUAAAAGUGCACAUUUUGCAGUUGUAUUAGAAGACGGGAAAGUGAAGAAUCAAGGCACUAUUAUGGAACUGCAGAAGAAAGGGCUUUUCAAAGAAAAAAAUGCUCAAUUGUCCUGCCAAGACAACAUUAAUGAAAAGAGCGCUAAUAGAUCAAAAGGUAACAGAGAAAACGACUCCCAGAAAACUAAGCCCGUUACCGCAGGCAUAAAAUUUGAUUCAGAUUUGGUUGAUAAUGGUCAGCUAAUAGAAGAGGAACGAAAAUCAAAUGGUGCCAUAGGCCUUGAUGUUUACAAAUGGUACCUGAAAUUUUUUGGAGGUUACAAAGCUUUAACGGCCUUGUUCACACUUUAUAUCACAACUCAAAUGUUGUUCAUCAGCCAAUCUUGGUGGAUACGACACUGGGUCAACGAUGCCAGGAUACAAAUAGACGCUUCCGGUUUUACUACCGACACACUGCCUUUAAAAGCAAUAACUUUGGAAGAACUUGACUCUUCGAAGAAUAAACACACAGCUUUUUAUUAUCUUAGUGUAUAUUUUGCCAUCGGUAUCAUUCAGGCACUAUUAGGUGGCAUUAAAACUAUGAUGACGUUUCUGUCCGGUAUGCGUGCCUCCAGGAAGAUCUUUAAUAACCUACUAGAUCUAGUUCUACACGCCAAAAUAAGAUUUUUUGACGUGACGCCAGUCGGUAGAAUCAUGAAUCGCCUUUCAAAGGACAUUGAAGGUAUUGAUCAAGAAUUAAUUCCAUAUUUAGAAGUGACUAUAUUUUGCCUUAUUCAAUGUGCAUCAAUUAUAAUUCUCAUUACUGUAAUAACUCCUCGCUUUUUGAUAGUCGCCAUUAUCGUUUUCGUUUUAUAUUAUUUCGUGGGAAAUUGGUAUUUAACGGCUAGUAGAGAAUUAAAAAGGAUUGAUUCAAUAACAAAAUCUCCCAUUUUCCAGCAUUUCUCAGAGACCUUGGUAGGCGUUUGCACAAUCCGUGCUUUUGGUGACGAGAGGAGGUUCAUUUUGGAAAAUAUGAACAAAAUUGACCAAAAUAACACAGCUUUCUUUUAUUUAUCAGUUACUGUUAAAUGGUUUGCUUUUAGGGUUGACAUGAUUGGUGCAUUCAUCGUUUUAGCAUCAGGCUCUUUUAUUCUACUUAAUAUUGGAAAUAUUGACUCUAGUCUUGCCGGUAUUUCUUUGACAUAUGCCAUUUUGUUUACAGAUGGCGCAUUGUGGCUAGUUCGACUGUACUCAACAUUUGAAAUGAACAUGAACUCUGUUGAAAGACUAAAAGAAUAUUCUAGCAUUGAGCAGGAGAACUAUUUUGACCAUGAUGAAGACCGUAUUCAACUCCUUAAUGAGUCGUGGCCAAAAGAUGGUAAAAUUGAAGUUGAGAACUUAUCAUUACGUUACGCAUCAAACUUACCUCCAGUCAUAAAAAACGUUAGCUUCAAAGUGGAUCCUCAAAGUAAGGUUGGAAUUGUCGGAAGAACUGGCGCAGGCAAAUCUACCAUAAUUACGGCCUUAUUUAGAUUACUAGAACCAAUAACCGGAUGUAUCAAAAUAGAUGGCCAUGAUAUAAGUAGAAUUGAUCUAGUGACUUUACGUCGUUCCAUUACUAUCAUUCCCCAGGACCCUAUUCUAUUUACAGGAACAAUUAAAAGUAAUGUUGACCCAUAUGAUGAAUAUGACGAAAGAAAAAUAUUAAAGGUGCUUUCACAAGUAAAUUUAAUUUCUUCACGUGAAUUUGAAGAUGCGUUUAACUUGAAGGAAAACUUUGGUGCCUCUCAUAAUAAAUUUUUAAAUCUUCGAACUGAAAUAGCUGAAGGCGGCCUAAACCUCUCCCAAGGUGAAAGACAAUUACUUUUCAUUGCACGAUCAUUGUUGCGCGAGCCCAAAAUCAUACUGUUAGAUGAGGCUACUUCCUCCAUUGAUUACGAUUCUGACCAUCUAAUUCAGGGUAUUAUAAGAAGCGAGUUCAAUAAAAGCACAAUUCUCACUAUCGCACAUCGUUUGAGAUCAGUUAUCGAUUACGAUAGAAUACUUGUGAUGGAUGCAGGUGAGGUAAAAGAAUAUGAUCGCCCCUAUGAACUGUUGAAAAAUGAACGGAGUAUAUUUUAUAGUAUGUGUCGCGACAGCGGGGAUCUGGAACUUUUGAAACAAAUAUCCAAGCAAUCAAGUAAGAGAUGA